AUGCCGGCAACUCUCCGCAAGCAGCGGCAGCGCUGCCGCUGCUCGCGGAGAGGUCCGCGAAGCCUGGGCGCGCUGAUCUCAGCGCGCGCAGGCUUCGGCAUGCCGGCAACUCUCCGCAAGCAGCGGCAGCGCUGCCGCUGCUCGCGGAGAGGUCCGCGAAGCCUGGGCGCGCUGAUCUCAGCGCGCGCAGGCUUCGGCAUGCCGGCAACUCUCCGCAAGCAGCGGCAGCGCUGCCGCUGCUCGCGGAGAGGUCCGCGAGCCUGGGCGCGCUGA